AGAAUUGUAGCUUAAUGUUCAUCAAUUCAUUAUCAAAUUCUGAUUAGUCGAAGUAAUACGUGCUGCACGUGUCUGCGCAAGUUUUUGAUUUUCAUUAAACCAGCGAACAAAGGAAUAUUUUCCUGUUUUUUAGACUUAUUGUGCAUUUAAAACUUCAUAAAAUAAACAAAUACAAUGGCUCAAGCUAUUAAGAGGAUUUUACCUAUGUUGGACCGCAUUCUAAUUCAACGUGCGGAGGCUGCGACCACUACAAAGGGAGGUAUUGUUCUUCCAGAGAAAUCGGUCGGCAAAGUUUUGCAAGGUACCGUAGUUGCUGUGGGGCCAGGCGCCAGAAAUCCACAAAGCGGUAACUACAUCCCCGUGGGUGUUAAGGAAGGAGAUCGUGUCUUAUUGCCUGAAUUUGGUGGCACCAGAGUAGAAUUGGAAGACAAGAAGGAAUACAUCCUCUUCCGUGAAUCAGACAUUCUUGCUAAACUGGAAUAGAAUUUUCGAAAUAUAUUUUCUAUUGUUGAAUUGUCAUGUUCAUAUGUGAAUAGUUUGUGACCUCAAGAUGCUGACGAUAAAGGGGUCAUUAAGUUUGUUUCUUAGCUUGUAAAUUCCAUUUACUAUUAUGUAGACAAGUUUACGAAAGAUCACAAAUUGUGCGAUCUUGUAAACGGGUUAGUAUAUUUCAAAAGAAAUUGAAAAUAAAACGGUUUUACGCUUUGUUUCUGAAAAA